AGCUAGGUGAUGAACCCACAUGGCCUACCUGGACAAGGCAGGUAGCUGUAAUUUCAAAGCUUCUCAUCGCCAUUAAAAUAUUCAUUAAUCUUUUCCAGUAAAACCCUCACCGUUAUUGUGUUUUUUUUUUUUUUAAAAAGAAGAAACGAAAUGAAACUAAGUUGAAGAAAACCAAUGACUCUGACUCUGUGCGUUUUCAAGCCAAAUGGUCCCACUUUGAUGCAUGUGUUAGACUUGGUUUCAGAUUCAGAACGACUCCUCCCCAUUAGUUACCCUUCUUGAGUUUUUCAAGUGUGCUGCCUUUCUUUUUACUAAUUAUUAUCCCAUGUGGUAUCCAGGAAUUGAUUAUUUAUUGAAUUUUAGGACCAUUUCAGUGGCUUAGUUGUUCCUUUUCUUUAACGGGUAUGAGUGGUUUCGGCCUUUUAUGUUCUUUUUAAGUUUCAGUUAAAAGAUACUUUUUGGUGAGGUUGAGAGUUGGAGUGGAGCAGCCUGAAAUCGUUUACCUAAUUUGGGAAUUAGGUGGUUUUGGGUUGAGAUUUGAUUGUUUUAGUGCUUUUUUUGUUUGAAGUGGGUAUGUCUUAUUUGGGUUUUGGAGUGGUUUUAGGGUUUAAUUUCAUGGGAUCAGUGCUGGGAUUGUGAAAAAUAUUCACUUUUUGAAGGCACUGGAAGAUUCUGGAGAAGUUUAUUGUGCAGAUUGGUCAGGUUUAUCACUGAAGAAGCUACAUUUUGAGUUUUUGUCUUUGGUUUGAGGAAAUUGGGCUUGUUUUCUGAAGUUUUUGCGGGUGAUUUUGGCUUGUUUUCAACUGGGUUUGUGGGGGUUUUUUUUUUAAGGCCUCUGAAGUGCUUGGUUUGAUGUUCUAGUUUGAGACAGGAAUUCAGGAGGCUGUUGUGGCAGUUUCUUCUUUUGCUCAGCUCUCAAUUUGAAGCUCAGUUGUUGACACUUUCCAGCUUGUAAUUUGAAAAAAAAUAUGGCUUGUAUGAAGCUGGGAUCUAAAACUGAUGCCUUUCAACGGCAAGGACAGGCGUGGUUCUGCACAACUGGUCUUCCAAGUGACAUUGUUGUUGAAGUUGGAGAGAUGUCCUUUCAUCUGCACAAGUUCCCUUUGCUUUCUAGAAGUGGGGUUAUGGAAAGAUUGAUUGCAAAAUCAUCUGAAGAAUCAGAGGAAAAAUGUGUCAUAAGCCUCCUCGACGUCCCUGGUGGUGCCAAAACAUUUGAAUAUGUUGCAAAGUUCUGCUAUGGUGUUAAACUGGAAUUGACUGCUUCAAAUGUUGUAUACCUCCGGUGUGCAGCUGAGGUUCUUGAAAUGACAGAGGAAUAUGGAGAGGGUAACUUAAUUACGCAAACUGAAGCCUUUCUCAAUCAAGUUGUCCUUCGCAAUUGGAAAGAAUCUCUAAAAGCACUGCAAACUUGUGAUGAUAUUCUUCCAUAUGCGGAAAAACUUAAUAUUGUAAAGAGGUGCAUUGAGUCUCUAGCAAUGAAGGCAUCUACUGACCCAAAUUUAUUUGGUUGGCCUGUAGUGGAGCAUGGCGGACCCAUGCAGAGUCCUGGUGGGAGUGUCUUGUGGAAUGGGAUAAGUACAGGGGCUAGACCACAAAAUUCAACUUCAGAUUGGUGGUAUGAGGAUGCAUCUUCAUUAAGUUUACCUCUCUAUAAGAGGUUGAUUGCGGCAAUGGAAUCUCGUGGUAUUCGACAGGAAAUUAUUGCUGAGUCCCUUACUUUCUAUGCCAAAAAAUUCUUACCUGGGCUGAAUCGGCGUCAAGGUGCUAGUGAUUCUAGUACCCGUCUAGUACCUGUGGUUUUGGCUACUCCUCCAUCAGAAGAAUAUCAAAAAGUUUUAUUGGAAGAAAUUGAUGAGUUACUUCCAUUUCAAAAGGGCCUAGUCCCAACCAAGUUUCUUUUUGGUCUACUUCGAACAGCCAUGAUACUUAGAGCUAGCUCCUCAUGCACAUCCAAUUUAGAAAAGCGAAUUGGGAUGCAGCUUGAUCAAGCUACUCUUGAAGAUCUAUUGAUGCCGAAUUUCUCUUAUUCCAUGGAGACACUUUACAAUGUUGAAUGUGUGCAGCGGAUUCUGGACCACUUCCUUGCUAUGGAUCAGAUCACAGGUGGUGCCUCUCCCUGUUCAGUUGAUGACGGCCAGUCGAUGGGAUCACCUUCAUUGACACCAAUUACAAUGGUAGCCAAGUUGAUUGAUGGGUACCUUGCAGAGGUUGCACCUGAUGUUAAUUUGAAGCUCCCCAAGUUUCAGGCCCUUGCUGCUGGUGUUCCUGAAUAUGCAAGGCCCUUGGAUGAUGGUCUUUACCGGGCUAUAGAUAUAUAUCUGAAGUCACACCCAUGGUUGGCAGAGUCCGAUAGAGAACAACUUUGCAGGUUGAUGGACUGCCAAAAGCUAUCCUUGGAAGCUUGCACGCAUGCUGCCCAAAAUGAAAGGCUUCCCUUAAGGAUAAUUGUCCAAGUCUUGUUCUUCGAGCAACUUCAGCUCAGGACUUCUAUUGCCGGUUGCUUUCUUGUUUCUGAUAAUCUUGACGGGUCAAGGCCACUGAGAAGCGGGUUUGCUGGCUCACAAGAGGGAGGUUGGGCAUCCGCUGUGAGGGAGAACCAGGUUCUGAAGGUGGGAAUGGACAACAUGAGGAUGCGAGUAUACGAGCUUGAAAAGGAAUGUUCAAGCAUGAAGCAAGAGAUUGAGAAGUUGGGUCGGGCAAAGGGACCUAGCACUUGGGGUAACGUUUCUAAGAAAUUCGGAUUCAAACUAAAGUCGCAAAUGUGUAGUGCACAAGAGGGCUCAGUUAGCAAACAGAACAACGGGAGUGGGAAGCUUGAGAAGGUGAAGGAGAGGCAUGGAAAACACAAGAAAAACUGGUCACCAGAUGGGUAAGACCAUCCCAUUUCCAUUAACUAUUUUUCUUGAGGUUUCAGAGUUGUUAUUGCUUCUACUUCCACUUCUAAAAUUUCCAUCUCCUUGUAUGCCUGCUUAAUGUAUUUUUUUAAAUCUUCAUGUUCUCAUCAUAUGAAAUUUGUAAUGGAGAAACAAAACAUCAUGGUGCAAUUUGCUUCAUGUAACAUUAUUUAACCUUUCUCUAAUUUUGCUCUUAUAACAA